AUGUGUUUGUGUAAAGAGUAAUGAUAAACUUAUAAGUCGUAAAUGACUACUCAGUACAAGAUUCUGUUAACAGCCCUUUCGUUUGUAGUUGGAUUAUUUCGCUCGGAUGAGAGUUACAAGCUAACGUUCUUGUCUGAAGAUUAUUAUUAAAAAGAAAUGGCCGAGUUGAAGAGGAGCAAAAGUAAGCUGCCACCAGACAGGGUGAAGCAGAAUGAAAAACUGAAGAAGUCUAGAAAACAGAAAAAAGGUGCUCCUACAUCACCAGCAAUUUCAGAGACCAAGUCUGCAGAUGCUUCGCUGGAUGAGGUUCAGUCUGGACCUGGUGAUAAAAAGACAAAAAGUAAAUCGGAACUCUCUGAAGUUUCUGAUGACACUAUAUUGCCAGACACUGAAGACAACAGUAAGAAUACAGCUCCCCCGAGUGCAAAGUCUCCUGAACCAAAUUGUGCAAUCUGUCUAAGUAGACUUGAAAACAAAUCAUUUACGGACAGCUGCUUUCACAUGUUUUGUUUCGUUUGUCUUCAGGAGUGGUCGAAAAUAAAGCCGGAAUGUCCACUCUGCAAACAACCUUUUAAAAGCAUAAUACACAAUGUACGUUCAUAUGAAGAUUAUGAUCAGUAUCAUUUGGAAAGACAGGAAAGAAGUCAAGCCUCGUGGGAAAAUCCUGAUGGUAGGAGAUUCCGGUAUCGGACUACAGUGACCCAAGAACAUAUUUUCAAUUUCCACAGAUAUGCCGAUAUCCUGCGGCGUCCAGCUGCAGUUGGAGCCAGAUUGCAGGCAUCUAAUCAGGUUACAACAAGACAGAAUUGGCGUCGACAACGUCAGGUUGCCACCUCUGAAUUCAGAUCGCAAAUUUAUAGAAAUGGUAUGAGAGUAAAGGAAGUUGCUAACACCAAUGGCCGCCAGAGAGACAUCACACCAUCAUUUUUCUCUGCUAAUCCUUCUUCCAUACAUAGACUGAUUCCAUGGCUUAACAGAGAACUGAAUGCUCUCAUGCAUAAUGAUGAACACCAUGUACAGUUCUUAAUUGAAUUCAUCACUGGUCUGAUUAAAAGAUUUGACGUCCAGAGUGAAGAAUUUUACGAACAUAUCUACCCUUUUGUGGGUAGGCAUACCCGACAUUUCAUGGAUGAAUUCCAGAUGUUUGCCAGGUCUCCAUUUUCGAUGACCGUGUACGACACUAAAGCUGUAUAUGAGCAGGAACUACACUCGGUGAGCGACUCGGAUUCUGAUUUGUCUUAUGAUGGAAAUGACAGUGAUGUGAUGAUCAUCUCUCCAAGUGCCUCCACAGGAACGUUAGGAGCACACUCUGUUGUGCCAUCUCACAGUCGUCGAAGACAACGUACUGAGCCACCUGCGGAAAGACGGUGGUUGGAAAUGGGACUUUCACCUAGAACAGAUAACCUUCGAGAUCUUCUUGGUGAUAACUUUGAUGCUGCCCCAAUCCAUUCUACUACAGGACAAAGUGGGUGGGAAUCCCCUAAUCCAGGGCCAUCGUGGAGUAUGUUUUUACCAAUGUCAGUUUCGAGUCAAAUUGAUGUUUCAACCACUGAAGGCAGUCAGAAUCAUGUUAAUAAAACUUCCAGAAAGUCCAAAAGAUCCACAGAUAAGAAAGUAAAGUUGGAGGAAGGACCAGAAAGAAGCCAGGUAAUUGAUUCUGGUUCAGAUAGCGAUAGCAGUUCAUCCAGUGAUGUCAUUUUUGUUGGAUAUGAUAGACCUUGGCAGGAACGAUCCCCAUUACUUAUUUCAACGAGUGGAGAAUCUGAUAAAGACGAUAAGAAGCCAAAAAUUGAAAGUGAUAAAAAUUCAAAGACUAAAACACUGACCGCAAAAAGCCCUCGUAGCGAAUCGGAUGAACGAUAUACCAAUGCGUCCUCUUCUUAUUCCAGACACAGGUUAUUGCAUUCGGCCAGUCAUCACCAAAAGAGACGGUCAAGAUUACCAUCACCAUCAUCAGGUGAAGAAUCUGAUAACGACAAUACGAGUCCAAAAAGUAAGACUGAUAAACAUCCAAAGACUAAAACAUUAAUUGCCAAAAGGCCUCGUAGCGAAUCAGAUGAACGAUAUAGCAGUGUGUCCUCUUCUUAUUCUAAACUCUGGUUAUUGCAUUCAACAAGUCAUAAAAAAAGACGAUCAAGAUCGCCAGCAUAUUCAAGAAGUAAAGAAAGUAGAUCAAGUUCUUCUUCAAAAUAUCGACAUAAGAAAUUUUCUCGAAAAAAGCACAAACGACAUCAUAAAUCAAGACCAUCUUCCUCUGGAGAUGAUAUCGAUUGUAGACCGCCAAAAAGAUCAGACAGCAUAAGUUCGAAAAGUUCUAAACACUCAACCAAGCGAGAUCGAUCAUAUCAUGACAGAUAUGUUUUGUCACAAUCGCACUCAAGAUCACACUCGAGAUCACCUUCCUACAGCCAUAAACAAGAUCGUCACAAAAUACACAGACACCGAAAUCAUACCAGUCAGUUUAGAAGUAAGGAACUGACAACUGGUAGUAAAGAGAAUCACUCAUCUGGUAGUAAAGAGAAUCACUCAAAACAUAAAAAGCAUAAGAAACAUAAAAGUGAUCAUGGUAGAUGUCGACAUAACAAGCAGAAAUCUCGUAGACGAAAGGACAGACGAUCAAAGGAUGGUGAAGAAUGUGACCCACACCUGGCAUUAUCAGACUUCAAUAAAGAUGAUCAGCGUGAACAAGAAACGCUUAAAAACAUGCUUUUAGGAGAAAAAAUUGCAAGUAAAGUGGUAAUUCCAAGUCGGGAAGUAGAAUGUUUCAAUGGUUCUGAUGAUAGGAUGUCAUUUUCUGCAGAAGCAACAAUGUUCAAAAAACAUCCCUGGGGCCACAAAAAGUCAAAAACAAAUAAAGUUGGAAGUAAUUCUUAUGCAGCAUCAGGCACGAGUAGCAGAAACUUCACUUGCAUAAAAGACCGUCAUGAAACUUCAGAAAGUGAUCAAAGUGAUCAUUCUGGUUUGGAUUCUUUAAUUCAACAUGAAAUAUUGGAAAACACAAAGGAUCACAAUCAGCCACAAAAGAAUACACAGAAAGAACGUCAAGAUUCAACAGGAGCUGCUUCUGUAUCAUCGGAUGAUUCUGGUGUUGCUUCACUCUUGGCUUUGGUAUCAAGAAAAAGUCAAAAAGAUUUAAUCUCGUUUAAUGGUGGAGAAAAUAGCAAGAGCACAAACGAUGGCAGAGAAACAAACCGUAUAGAUGUUGGAGAAAUACCAGUUUCAUUAACUUGCGUUAACAGAGACUCCACAUCAACUGAUGAGCCAGAAACAGUUACAAACAGUACCCAGCUACCUUCAACUAAGAAUACCGAGUUUUCCGACUCAGCAACCAUGAACUCUUAUGGGUUCAACUUAAAUGGUUUUACUGAUGCAGGACUGAAUCCCGAGCAUCUGUUUCAGACAUCAAGUUCAGAAUCAGUGGUUGUAGAAACACUUACUGUUGACAGUUCUAGUGAUGACAGUAGCAUCUGUGUGACAUCUUCUAAUUUCUACGUGGAUAGGACCAGUGUUCCUUUAACACCACCCAGGACAAGCUUUUCUUUGAACAUGUUUGGUCAACAGUUGCAUGGAACGGUUUUAAACAGCAUUUCAUCUAUAUUACCAGUGAGGGACGAAGACCUUGUUUUGCCAGGUAGUACCAGUGACAUGCCGUGUAAUAUUGAAUCGGAUGACCAGAUUGAAAUAGACAGUGACUGUGACGAGGAAGUUUCAGCUGUAGAUUUCUCUACAAGAAGCUCCAGUACGGCAACCGAUGUGAAAUCAAAAUCUGGAAAAACACAACAUAAGAUACUCUGUUCAGACUCUGAAAGCGAAACCGACACAUCUUGUCAAAGCACACAAAGAGGGUAUAAUAUUCCAAAGUGUUCAAAUUUUGAUCCUGACAAUAGUAACGAUUCUGAAAGUGGACAGUUAAAUGUAGGUCAAAUUAGGAGAUUUGGCGUGCUGUCAGAAAUUGGUCAUUUUGCAGUUCUUCCAUCUACUCGGAGGUCAACAGAAAAAUCUGACGUUUGUUCAGAGGAUAAGCCUCUUGACUUGUCAGCUCAGUAUGAAGUUGCUCAUCUACAAAAACCUGUUGAAAAUGCAGUUCUUAAUGCAAGUUCUGUGAAAAAUGAUGUGUUUGCAACCGAAACUGUUCUAUUAAAUACAUUGUUACAUGAAGGAACAUUGGAAGAAGAAAGUCCUUGUCCAAGUCCUUGUGACAGAUCCACAGUUGAUCAAGCACUUGAUUUAAGAGCAAGAAAAGACAGCAAGAAAAUAAAACAACAAGAAUCAGUUGUAAAUAAUCUCAGCAAGGAGUCACCUUCCACCAGUUCAGUGGUGAACAACCUCGAUAUGGAGUCAUCUACCAUUUCAAUGGCAAAUAACCUCGGUAGUGAGUCACCUUCCACCAGUUCAGUGGUGAAUAAUCUCAAUAUGGAGUCAGGUACCAUUUCAGUGGCAAAUAACCUCGGUAGUGAGUCACCUUCCACCAGUUCAGUGGUGAAUAACCUCAAUAUGGAGUUUGGUACCAUUUCAGUGGCAAAUAACCUCGGUAGUGAGUCACCUUCCACCAGUUCAGUGGUGAAUAACCUCAAUAUGGAGUCUGGUACUAUUUUAAUGGCAAAUAACCUUGGUAGUGAGUCACCUUCCAUCAGUUCAGCGGUGAACAACCUCAAUAUGGAGUCAGGUACCAUUUCAAUGGCAAAUAACCUCGGUAGUGAGUCACCUUCCACCAGUUCAGUGGUGAAUAACCUCAAUAUGGAGUCAGGUACUAUUUUAAUGGCAAAUAACCUUGGUAGUGAGUCACCUUCCACCAGUUCAGUGGUGAAUAACCUCAAUAUGGAGUCCGGUACCAUUGCAAUGGUAAAUAACCUCGGUAGUGAGUCACCUUCCACCUGCUCCGUGGUGAAUAAUCUCAAUAUGGAGUCAUCUACCAUUUCAGUGGUAAAUAAACUCGGUAUUGGGUCGCCUUCCACCGGUUCUGUGAUGAAUGACCUCAAUAUGGAGUCAUCUACCAUUUCAAUUGCAAAUAACCUUGGUUGUGAGUCACCUUCCACCAGUUCUGUAGUGAAUAACCUUGCUAGGGAGUCGUCUUCUACCAUUUCAAUGGUAGGUAACCUCAUUAGUGAGUUGCCAACCAUUUCAGUGGUAAGUAACCUCAUUAGUGAGUCACCUCCCACCAAUGUAAUGGAAAUUAACCUCAGGUGCGAGUCACCUUCCACCAGUUCAGUGGUUAAUAACCUCAAUAGGGAGUCAUCUUCCACUUCAGUGUUGAAUAAUGCUGAUGCCAAGUCAUCAUCAGUGUCAAAUGCAAGUCUGAACCUGUUUUUGUGUGAUGACCAAAUUUCAAAGAAGAUUCCAGAUUCUCAAGGAGAAUCAAUGGAAUUCUAAACCUGAGUUUUACAAACUAAUCCAAAGUGAAUGGAGAAAGCAGUAGUGCUAAACCAAGUUGUCUAGACCCAUUUUUGUGUGAUGACCAAACUUCAUCAGAUUCUUGAUUCCUGAGGGAAAUCAAUAGAUCACAAGUAUAAUCAUUGUGAAAGCUCAGAUAGUUAUAGAUAUUCACUGCGGAAAGCAGCAGAAGACAAGGAAUUUCAAAAUGGUUUCGGUAGUGAAUCAUCUACUACAAUCGCAGUGUUACCAUUUCAGUGGUAAAUAUCCUCAGUAGUGAGUCAUCUUCCACUAUUUCAGUGGUAAAUAACCACAAUCUGAUUGAAAUCGGCUAGGAUUCAAAUGGGCUAAAUAUGCAACAACAAGACACUACCUCAGAAAAUAACUGUGAUUUCAUUGCACAUGAAUCGUGUCGGGACAAUUUUGUCAUCAUCAACUAACUCUUCCAAAAACUAUGAUAGUGAUCCUAAAACUGUUGUCGUGCAUAGAGCCUUGGUUCUUGAACAAAGUAGUUGUUAGUAAUGGAGUAAUAAUUCUGUUAUAGAAACGUCUUAGUCUUGUUGUAAAAGUUAUACAUCACAGUCAAGUCCUGAUAGUAAUUUGGUACAUUCGGAUAAUGAUUUACAUGCAGGUGCAUGUAUGAGUUCAAGUCCACAAACCCGUGCAAAUAAUGAAAUGAUUGGUUUGUUUUUGCAAAAUACAUUGUAUGUGGACAUGGAAAAACUAAUACUGGCAGUAAAAGUUUGUCGGAAGAUUCAAACAGUAAUUGUACAAAUGAUUCAAGUACCUCAUCAUCUGGUAAUGGUAAAACUGAACAUUCAUGUUUUGUGAUUUAAAAAUAACUGCAUGAUUCAUGUUGAAGGCUGUAAGUGCUCGUUCUAUCAAUAUCAGUUGUGUCAAUAAUGUUAAUAGUAUGUACAUUUUCAAGUUAAAAUGCAAAUAACCUUAAAUUAUAUUUUAGUGCCAUUUAUUACAAACCCUAAUGGUAUUGACACAUUUGUAAUAUACUCCCCCGAGAACUGUAUAAUUUAAUUUUAACUAUAGGGUUAUUUACAAAUGAAUGAAGUCAGAAUGUAUGUUUUGUUUCAGUGUUAAGAAUAAAUUUUAGUUGCAAUUGUUUUUAAACUAAAAAGUUAAAAUAGCCCAUUUCACCCAUCUUCAAUUGUAAAUGUUAAAUUGUUUGUAAGUUUUUUUAAAGUUGAGUUUGCAGUUGUUUGUAUGGCCAUUUUGCACCUGGAAGAAUGGAUACAACAUAAUUAUUGUCAAUGUUAAUGUGAUUCUAUAAAUAAAUUCAUUAAUUACUAGUACAGGUCACUUUUACAGUAAAUUUUGAUAUCUAUGCUUUAUAUCAUAUUUUUGGCAUCAUGUUUGAGAUCUGAAUCCUGAAAAACAUAAGAAAUCAUAUAUUAUAAGCUGCAAUAGAUUGAAAAUACACAAUCUUGUGAUAAAUGUGUUUUGGCCACCUUUUUGAAUUUUUGCCAUUUAUCCAUAUUAAAAUAGAUAAAAUAAAAAUCACCAGUUUUGAAUUCUACAGACAAAAUGGCCAUAGAAACAACUGUUUCAAACAAUAAAAUGUCAUAGUUUGCCCAGCCCUAUUAUAACAUCUUGUUUUUAACUCCUUCACCCCACAAGCCUGACCUGCUGACUUCAUUUGUUUCAGUAAUAGUUCUCUAUGUUAUUCUUACAUGUAGAUAUUAUAUAUGUACAUGUAUGUAUACUAAGCAACAUAAGAAACAUGAAUAUUUUGUAUUAAUAUAUUAUAUUAUAUUUCGUAAUUAAACAUUUAUUUUGUAAAUACUGUCAUUUCGACAUAUUCACAAUACAUUCAAUUUGAUAAUUUUAUUAAACACAAAAGCUAAUGGGACUUUAACUAAAUAAAUAUUCAUGUUUCUUAUUUUGUUAGUAUAUUUGGUACAAAAGGUGAAUAAAAUUUAUGAAACUUUGCUUUGAUGUUGACAUUGUUGGAAUUUUUGUUUUCAUGCUUUGUGUGAAUAAAUAUCCCUCACUGGUUGUCAAUAGUAGCCUACAUGGUGGCAGUUGGUUUCCUGGCUCCAUCGCAAAAUAAUAAUGGGACUUGAAACAAAUUGUGGUUGUGGGCAUAUGAUCUUAAUACACUUGUAUUUGUUUCAUGGGACUUAAUGCAGUUGAAACUGAAUUGUAGGUGACAGUGAUUCAAUUUUGGCUUUGCAAAAAUUCAGAUUGGCUACUAAUGGGUUUUACAUAUGGUAGUAGUGCCACUUUGUUUAAAGAAUCGGAGAAGAAAUUCACUGCUAACAUAUAAGCUACUCUUAAUAGCAGCAAGGGGCUUGUUUA